AUGAUCAGAAUUCUUGGAUUAAAGACAGCUGUCUGUCUGACAGAAACUAAGAUGGAUUGUAAAGUAAAUGAAGAAAUUAUCCAUGGACAAGAUUGUGGUGAAUUUGUAAUGAAAGAUGCAGAAAUAGCGCCAAGAUUUGUGCAGCAACCCGAACCACAAGUUGUGAGGAAAAAAAGUAAAGUUCGUUUUUACUGCGUGGCCGAACCUAGUAAUGUACAAAUACGAUGGAAAUAUAAUCGACAAUUCAUCUCAGCUAGUGAUGAUGCAGACUAUGAUAUCAGGGGAUCACAACUUAUUAUACGAUCAUUUCGACAUGAGAAAAAUAUAUUUACACAUACAGGACACUAUCAGUGUAUAGUUAAUAACUCGGUGGGAGCCAUUGCCAGCGUACCAGUACUGCUACAAGCUGCAUACAUCAAACCUUUCACAGAAGAGAUGGAUCCUAUAACAUAUGCUACAAAGGGUGAUACAACAAUAAUUCAUUGUUCACCACCAGAAAGUUUACCACCAGCACGAGUAGAAUACAGGUUUCAAGGAGAAUGGAUAGCAUUUGCCACAGAGAGAAUGAAAAUUCUACCAUCUGGUAAUUUACAAAUAGCAAAUGUUUCUUUACAAGACAAAGGAAACUAUAAGUGUUCAGCAUAUAAUACAGUCGCAGAGAAACGACAAACCCCAGUCAAUAGUACUAAACUUGUUAUCAUUGAUGAUGACUCAACUCAUGAAGACAGACCAGCACAGAUUAUAUCAACUACCAAAGCCACAGUUCGUGUUGGGGAAAAUGCUACUCUGGAGUGUGUGGGAAGCGGCAAACCUUUCCCGACAAUGUCCUGGAUGAGGCAAAAUGAUCCGAUGCCAACAGAAAGGACCAGUCAGUAUUUUGGCAACCUCAUUAUUCAUAAUGUGCAGGCUUCUGAUGAGGGACCCUAUCUAUGUGUAGCGACCAAUGAUAUCGGUUUUCCCUACAGGAAACAGGUGCUUUUGAGUGUCAUCGUUCCUCCAGUUAUUACCCGACCACCUGAAGAUGUUUCAGCUCGGAUUGGAGACACUGUGAGAUUUUUGUGUGAAAUAAGUGGUGGUAAUCCAAUCACUGACAUCACAUGGUUAUUUAAUUCAAAUCCAAUCUCAGAAAUGAGUCUCAAACAUUCUUUACUUGGUGAACAGUUACGAGUUCAUGAAAUCUCAGAAGCUCAGUUUGGUAUGUAUCAGUGCAUGGUGCAGAACAGAGAGGGAAUUGUGCAAGCUUCUGCUAGACUGCAACUCAAGAUCGGUUAUCCUGAAAUUCUAAAGCCACCUGUGGAUAUGACAGUAUUUGAAGGUGAGCCUGUGUUCAUUUCGUGUGGCGUUGAAGGUGACCCCGCUCCUACUGUUGCAUGGUUGAAGGACUUUGACAUUGGAGUGAUGAAUACACAUCGCACAUUUGUAUCCGAGGGUAGAAUGGGAGGUUUGACAAUACUCAAUGCUCUGCGCCAAGACGAGGGAGAGUACCAAUGUAUAGCUGAGAAUAUUCACAGUCAAGUCAGUGAGUCAGCGUAUCUCAAAGUGGAAGUGCCCAACCCUCCUCGGAAACCAUGGAUAACAAAGACUUCUGACACUUCAGUGAAAGUAGAGUGGAAUUGGGACAAAGCGGACAAUGGUGAUAGUCCACUAACCAUGUUCAAGGUACAAUACAGAGAUGUUCAUAGUUUAGAUGGUUAUAUCAUGGCUAGUGAUACCAUUACACCUGAUACAAGGAUGUAUGAGGUCACCAAUUUACUCCCAGAUAGUAUUUACAGAUUCCGUAUCAUUGCCAGUAACAUUUAUGGAGACAGCAGACCCAGUGAACUAUCACAUCGAUAUUUAUUGAAAGCUGACAGAUCAUCUACAGAACGCUAUGUUAGACCACCUGAAGUUGCCCCACAUAUCAUUAAUACCAAGGCAUUAAACUCCACAGCAAUCAGGGUCAAGUGGGAGUAUAUUGCGAGUCACGAUGGUGUUCCUAUCAAUGGGUUUUAUAUUUAUCAUCGGGAGACAGACAGCGAUGACGACAAAGAUUACAUACAGGAAACAGUGCAGGGGGUUAAUAAUAGGAUGUUUGUCAUCACGAACCUCGACCCUGAGACUAGUUACGAUAUUAAAAUGCAAAGUUUCAAUAAUGGGGGUGCCGGAGACUUCAGCAACGUCAUGAUAAGAGAAACAAUUCCCCUGUACAUGUCCACAACUGUCCAUCCAACCACAGUAAAAUACUACACAACAAAAGUAAUGGCUGACGUAGAUGACAGUAACAGUAGCAUAGACGAUCGAUCAGACACUGAAAUGCUGUACAUGAUAAUAGGAAUUGCUGUUGGAAUUAUGGUUCUCUUGAUUGCAAUUUUUGUGGCAAUGUGUCUCUGGAAAUCAAAACAGUAUUCUGGCAACCCAGUCACAAAAGUAGACAUAGAUUGGAACAAACGACAAUACUAUGAUCCAAACUACCCGACAUUUAUAGAUAACACCAGUGUUAAUGGUAGUACUAUACCUUGUAAUGCAUUGAAUAUACCAGAACAACGUGUGACUUCAUCACCGUCGCCACUACCACCACCACCGUUGCCACCGUUGCCACCGCUUCCACCACAGUUUGGAUUACCAAGUGGGCAUGUGUACUGCCAUGAUAUCAGUGCUGUUAAUUUUAAUAAUCCACAGGACUAUAAAGAAAUUGAACCAAAUAUUAUAAAUUCUCCUUUGUCUCAUGACAUGUCAUUCACUAGUAACCGUAGCGAUCACAGCUAUGGAACCUCAGUCAGUGAACACAAUAAGCGAAACAUUGAUGCAUAUUUCCUGAAUGGAACAGGAAACACUAUCAGCAGUACAAGCAGUAGGUGUGGCUGUUGCCAUGGAAAUGUGAAAGAACCACUGUGUACGUGUGACCAUCCACAUUCUCAUACUAAUAGCAGAAGUAAUAGACAUCGCAAACAGUACAAAGACCAUCAUGUACAGAAACCAACUGCAGAUUGCAACUGUAGCAGCACGUACUCUGGAACUGAAUCAGACCAGUGUUUAUCUGAUCCACCACCAAUCUUACCACCUACAGGGUUGUCGUUCACAGAUAUUAAACCAAUCAGCAAGCCUCGACAGUCAGAAUUAUAAGUAGAUGGUAACCUAGCAACAAAUAGUCAUUUCAAAGAAAUGAUUCCACCGAUAUCUUUAUCUGUUUAAGGCUU